AUGAAGUUGUUAGAUCGAGCAUCCACGACUGCGUUCUCUCGCAGAAAUUGUAUCUCCCUGGAAGUAAUUCUUGAUGAUGACUUUGAUGGUAUCAUGUAUGGCCUGCCUGAGGACUCCCCCGGAUGUAGGCUAAAAGGAAAGGUCGUGUUAAAGAAUUCAAGAGCGUUGUCGGUGCGAUAUUUGGUUUUCAUGUUUCUGGGAAAGAUAUCCGUAGCUUGUGGUCCCGCAAUGUCUGCAACACGACCUGAUUAUAGUGAAACUCAAACGAUCUACCGGAAACAAUGUGUAUUUCAUAGUUCCGAAACUUCCGGCAAAAAAAUUUCCACUGGUAUACACGAAUAUUGCUUCGAUUUUGACCUUCCAGGUCAUCUACCCUCUUCAUUCAAGAGAGUACGUGGAAAGAUUGAAUAUACUUGUUACGCAAUCCUCGCGAGACCCAUGUUUCAUAGUGACAUUACAGUUAAAAAAAUUGUAAUACUUAAUCGAUGCUUAACUAAUUCCAUAUCACCAUUACAACAAUUAAAUUCUAUCGGGGAUAUAUUUGAUGACAAAGUCGGUUAUCAAAUUAAUACGCCCGUAGCGGCGUAUCGCGAGGGUGGACUUGUCACCGCCGAAAUAAAAUUGAAAACUUCGGAUCCUCACAUUGUUGUUGAAUCCAUUGAAUAUGGAUUAAAAGAAGAGAUCAAUUACCGAACCACCGGCGAACAUCUAAUGUCAUUAGUAGCAAGUAUUGAUGAAAACAUAUUUCCUCUGGGAAAAAAGAAAAUUAUGUUGAAUCGACCUCUUAUCAAUACUUCGGAAUCCAUAAAAAUCAGUUUUCGCUUGUGUCCUUGGGUUAAUUGCGACGUGGAUUCGGAAUUGAUUUACAUCGAGCAUAAAAUAGUAUUCACAGUUGUGGUCAUCGAGAAUGCACACACAGAGGCGGACAGUUCAUUUGACGAUACUGAAUUUGACGACGAUUAUCUCGACGCUCUUUCAAGCGACCUUAAUCAAACCGAACAACUCGUGCUCGUUCUUUACUACCACCCAUGCGACGCAACAGUAAGAUUCUCAUUCUCUAAUAAUGUGUUAAGGAGGGACGCGUCGGGAGCUAGCGGAAAUAUAAAGAAAAAAACGAAAAGUUAUGAUCUCGAAAUUCCUUUGAUUGUCACGACAAAAUCUGCAAGCCGUCGAGAACGAUCAGAAAACCAAUCACAAGAACUACUGCAAGAAAUAGCAUCAACACAUUCAUAUCAUUCCAUUGAUGAACCACCAACUUAUGCCAUGGCCACUAUGACUCCUUCUCCACCAGCCUAUCCUGACGAUGAAGAAGUUGAUGAAGAAUAA